AUGGGAAUCGCGCCGAUGGGGACCGUAUUCGCGCUAAUGGUUAGCGUUUUUGUCGGUGUGGCUUGGGGCGGGUCGUACAGCAAGAGUUUGUUUCCUGAUGCCGGUUAUGUAAUCAACUUGAACAACGCGACGUUUCGGUCGGUGGUGCUUGAUCAGAAGCAGGCGUACCUGGUAUUGUUCUAUUCAAGCUGGUGCGGUGGUUGCCAACGGUUCAGCCCUGAGUGUUGUAAAGUAUGGCGCAACAGCGACGACGAUCUUCGUUCGCCGACUUUUGUGGGCGCCGUCAACUGUGCCCUCAGCGACAACUUUGGCCUGUCGAUCGACAACGGCAUUGAGUACUACCCAUCGGUGAAGUACUUUCCGUAUAAAUGCCGCAAGUUGUCUGAUGCUGUUACCUUGAACAUCUCUGACUUGUACCCGAACAUCAUCGACAACCUGGCCAAAGAUUGGAGACGGUACCAUCCUGUCGGUUGGCCUGAUCUUUUCUUCGUCGGCGAGUACGUGACAGCACUCAUUCGCUUUGUCAAAUUUUGUGCCAUCGUCGAGGUCGUUGAACUGCACCAAGAUUCAUGGACGAGGUCAUCGCGUUCAAACAUCCGACGUUUGGGUAUGGGCCAACAACGACUACUGCCGAGACUACUCGCGUCGUCGCAAAGUAACAUUAAACAACUAAACUAUUCGAAGUCAAAUGUCGCUCACAGAUCCGUCGAUCCUUCCAAACUGUACGUAAACUUUCUUUUUUUAUUGUACCAGGUUUGUCGCCGUGUCUUCGCGCGCAGUUUGAAUUCGAUAAGUUCUCAGGAAUGGAUGUACGAGGUCAACAAACUGCAGAGGGCGUUCGACCAACCGUUGCCGGCAAAGCAAGAGUGGCGUGCCUGUAGCGGUUCCGAGCCAAAGUACCGCGGUUAUCCAUGCAGCUUGUGGCUGCUGUUUCACACGAUUACCGUACGCGCCUAUCAACACAUGAAGACCGAUGCAGAUGUACAUCCUUACGACGUGCUGCAAGCGAUUUACGGCUACGUUAAGUACUUCUUCGGCUGCAGGGAAUGUGCGAAUAACUUUGCUCGAGGAGCGAAGAAGAUGGCGCACGAUUUGGCGUUGAACAACAAAUCAGAGGAAGUCGUUUUGUGGCUAUGGCGAUCACACAAUCGCGCCAACUACCACCUUAAAGGACAGCCUACCGAAGACCCAAAUUUCCCGAAGCUUCAGUUUCCGUCUGCCAAUGUGUGCCCGCUAUGCGUGAAACCGGACGGAUCGUUCAAUGAGACAGAAGUGCUUCGCUUUCUCGUUAACUUUUAUUCAGACAUCCGUGAUGAUUCAAGUUCAACACUUCGUCGUCGCAAUAUGUUUUUUGGGUCACAGUGUAUGUUCGGUUGUUCAGUAUCACAGCCUUUAUUUUACUCGUUCAGCGUUGUUUUACGGGUGACAAAGCGACUUAUGGUUGACUGCUUACCUCUAGACUCCGGCGGUGAUGUUGAUCAGUUUGCUAAGCUAGGUCUAAACAGCGUUGACUGUGUGCUUAUUUUGUUUUUGGGCGUUCUAGCCAAUAACUCUCUGCAUUUGUUUUGUAUAUACUUAGCGCAUUACAGGCUAAAACGCUAUUAUCUCAUUUCCGCUCCGUGGUCCCAUAAACUUGCGAUGCCAAUUUUUCUUCGAUCAUCACCGGUGCGGAAGUUCGUUUCAGACUUCUGUUGCAUCUGGUUUUUUGGAAUUCCGUAA